AUGGUCCGGACAAGGUCAAGGGCUACCAGCCCAGGCCUUCAAGAAAGUAGAGGCGACCGUCAAUCGGUGCCUACCGUACAACCGCCUUCUGUCCAACACGUGCAAUCCAUGGCUGCUACUAUGGCAGAAUUGACCCGCCAGAACCAGGAGUUGGUUAGAGAACUUAACAUGAGGAGGCAACAUCGGGAUGAGAACGUUGGAAGACAGGUCCAGAGCCAAGAUGAGAGGAAUGCCGAGUUUGAGAGCCAGUCAAGGGGUACCCCUUCAAGAAGGGUGCCUCACUUGGAGAGGGAGAUGGACCAAAUGAGAAGAACUAUGGAUGAAAUGAAGGAAAAUAUGAAGAGGACCAACCCCGUAGAGGACUUGGUUCACAGGACUGACUCCCCAUUUGUGCCUCCCAUCAAUGCUCACCCUUUGCCACCGAAGUUCAAGAUGCCUUCCUUAGAUUCGUACGAUGGGACGCGAGAUCCAUUUGACCACAUUGCCACUUUCAAAACUACUAUGCAUCUUCAAGGGGUUCCGGAUGAAAUAAUGUGCAGAGCCUUCCCUACUACCCUUAAAGGACCCGCACGAGUGUGGUUCAGCAAAAUACCUCCCAGCACGGUAGCGUCCUUCGAAGAAUUAAGUAAGUUGUUUGUUAACAACUUCAUCGGAGGACAGAGGCACAAGCGUUCCUCGUCCAGUUUGCUGACCAUAGAACAAGGGGAGAAUGAAAGUUUGCGGUCGUUCAUUACGCGGUUCAAUAGGGAAGCUUUAGCAGUGGACGAGAUGGAUGACAAGCUGCUCCUGGCGGCUUUCCACAAUGGGGUUCACUCUGAUUUGUUCAUCCACAAGCUAUAUGAACAAGAGCCUCAGACCAUGGCCGAACUCGUCCACUCAGCCCAGAAUUUUAUGAAUGCGGAGGAUGCUAUCAUAGCCAAGAAGAGGAAGAGAAUUGAGAAAAUGGAUGCUAACCCCACUCGUCACUCAGAGCAGGGUCCUCGUCUCAAGAAAGGACGAACGGAAGACAAAAAAGAUCGUGACAGGAAGGCAGGCCCCUCAGCACGAAGUCAGCAGUAUACGCCAUUGAACAUGCCACUUGAUCAAGUCCUAAUGCAAAUCAAGGAUGAUCCUUCCUUGAAGUGGCCAGAAAAAAUGAAGGGAGAUCCGAAUAAGCGCAAUAGAAACAAGUAUUGUCGCUUCCAUAGAGACCAUGGGCAUGAUACGGACGAAUGUUUUGAUCUAAAGCAGCAGAUUGAGAAUCUUAUAAGGCAGGGGAAGCUGAGAAGUUUCUUAGGACGAGACCAUAAGGACGACAAACUCAAGGGAAAAGCUGAAGAGUCGUCACGGCCACCUCUCGGAGAAAUCAGAGUUAUCGUCGGAGGGAGCUCAACAGUUCAGUCGUCCAGGUCCAGGAAAACAUACUUGAAGGUGGUGCAGAGCGUCCAACUCUCUGGACGACCACCUAGAGAUACGGACGAACAGGCAAUCACAUUCACCGAAGACGAAGCUGAAAGAAUCCACCAUCCUCAUGACGAUGCUAUUGUCAUAACCUUGCUCAUCGCUGACUACACAACCAGAAGGGUACUCGUUGAUAAUGGAAGUUCGGCAGAUAUCCUGUAUCUUCCAGCUUUUCAGCAGAUGAAGUUAGGACGAGACCGUCUUCGUCCGGUGAAUUCUCCGUUGGUAGGUUUUGGUGGGAUGAGGGUGCAGCCCGUGGGUACUGUUACAUUACCAGUGGUAGUAGGGGCAUAUCCACAACAAGUCACCAAGGACGUGAGUUUCCUGGUAGUAGACUGUUCGUCCUCUUAUAAUGCCAUAAUUGGGAGGCCAACUUUGAAUAGUUGGAGAGCAGUUACGUCCACCUAA